AGAGCGGCUAGCGAGCGCACGGUGGCCAGAGUAGCGCCAGGCGGCGGGAGCGCACGGCGGGGGACCCCGCUCAGGGAACCAAGCCGAGGCAGGGGCCGCCCGGGAGGCGGGUGGAGCAGACGCAGCGCCGUGGAGACGCCGGGGGCAGCGGGUCACGCCAGGCAGGCGGCCCUUUCCUCAGGGCCCCGCCUGGUACCAGGCCCCCCCCCAGCUGGGGGACUGCGCCUGGAAGCUGUGAUGGAGGCCCUGCAGAGGCAGCAGGCAGCUCGGCUGGCCCAAGGGGUGGGGCCGUUGGCCCCCCUUCCACGCCAGUUGCUCCCACGACGGCCUCCCCUGCCUGGCCCCGGAACCCUACAGGCCCCUGAGGGGACCUUGGGGAAUGCUGGGGCCGAGGAAGAGGAGGAUGCUGAAGAAGAUGAGGAGGGGGAGGAAGUCGGGGCAGAGAAGGAGGCAGCUGAGGAGAGCCGUCCAGGGGCCCAGGGGCCCAGCUCGCCUUCCAGCCAGGCUCCUGGACCCCAUCCCCACGAGUGGACCUAUGAGGAACAGUUCAAGCAGCUGUAUGAGCUCGAUGCAGACCCCAAGAGGAAGGAAUUUCUGGACGACCUGUUUAGCUUCAUGCAAAAGAGGGGGACGCCAGUGAACCGUGUGCCCAUCAUGGCCAAGCAGGUGCUGGACCUGUAUGCGCUGUUUCGCCUGGUGACCGCUAAGGGCGGCCUGGUGGAAGUCAUCAAUCGCAAAGUGUGGCGGGAAGUCACGCGCGGCCUCAGCCUGCCCACCACCAUCACUUCGGCCGCCUUCACUCUGCGCACCCAGUACAUGAAGUACCUGUACCCGUACGAAUGCGAGACGCGGGCGCUCAGCUCCCCUGGGGAGCUCCAGGCCGCCAUAGACAGCAAUCGGCGCGAGGGCCGUCGCCAGGCUUACACUGCGGCCCCGCUCUUCGGCUUGACGGGACCGCCCCCUCGAGGAACUCAGGGACCAGCCUUGGGUCCCGGCCCCGCCCCUCCCGCUCCCCGGCCGGCUCCCGGCCCUGCCCAGGGCUCCGCCUCCGGCCUGCCGGCGCAUGCGUGCGCCCAGCUAAGCCCAGGCCCUAUCAAGAAAGAAGAGCAGCUGGAUGGGCCUCUCAAUCUGGCAGGCAGUGGCAUCAGCAGUAUCAACAUGGCCCUAGAGAUCAACGGGGUGGUCUACACUGGUGUCCUCUUUGCCCGCCGCCAGCCUGUGCCAGCUUCCCAGGGCCCAACCAACCCUCCACCCACACCCUCUACAGGGCCCCCUUCCAGCACCUUUCCCUAAAAGCUCCUACUCAGAACUAAGGUCCCAGCCCCAUUGCUGAGGGGGGAAGAGACCCCCUCACCUUGAUUCUUUCAGGGUGUCUACUCUGGGACCCAGCCCUGGGAGGUGACCUCCACCCCCCAUGCCAUGUGGACUUGAAGCCAAAUGUUCUUUUGAUGUUACAUCUACCUCAUUGUAAAGGGAGAGCACCUCCUCCCUGGCCAAUUCCAGCAGCAUCUACCAAAGGGUUCUUUUCCCAGUAACCCCCAUCAUCUCCUCAGGUGCUUCCUCUGUCAAUGUCAUGUCUAGGACCCUGCCCCUUUGAGUCAGCCCUGCUUCUCUUCAGGAGCCAGGUGAAAGGCUGGGUUGGGCUAUUGUGAAGGAGAUAUCCUUCAGGUCACAUCUGGACAAUAAAGCUGCGGUCCCUCCCUC